UGGAUCUACGGAUGGACCCAAAAAGAGUUUCUGUACGUUGCAUUCCAGGUCCCCAAUGUUGCAUCUGUUCCUCCUCCUCCAUAAACCUAGUUACUGAGGGUUUAGAAUCUGUGAACUCAAACCAAAAGAGAAAUCAUGAUGAUGAUGAUGCAUAAUGGCAGUAGAAAUCUAUGGAAGAAGAUGUGUUUAAAUCCGAGGAUUUUAUAUUCAUAUUCAUAUUCAACAAACUCUCUCUCAACCACUCUUCUCAAUAACUCUCUGCGAAUCCUUGGUCCUGAUCUUCCUGAAAUUUGGAUUCCCAAUCCUUCAUCUCCUUCUCGACCUCCGAUUAAUACUCGUCGCUCUCCUUUUAUCUUUAAUCACCAGGAGCAGACUGCUGCUGUUAUCGAUGGGAAGAUGAUGGCAGACGAAAUAAGAUCAGAAAUAGCAAAUGAAGUUAGCAGGAUGAAAAAUGAAAUCGGAAAGGUUCCUGGUUUGGCUGUUGUUUUGGUGGGAGAAAGAAAAGAUUCUCAAAUUUAUGUCCGUAAGAAAAUAGAAGCUUGCGAAGAAGUUGGAAUCAUGUCUUUAAUGACAGAGCUACCCGAGGAUUGCACAGAAAUUGAAGUGCUUGAUGCUGUUUCAAGUUAUAAUGUGGAUCCAGCAGUUCACGGUAUUCUUGUGCAACUUCCUCUGCCCCAACAUAUGAACGAGGAGAAGAUUUUAAAUGAUGUGAGCCUUGAAAAAGAUGUUGACGGUUUCCAUCCAGUGAACAUGGGGAAUCUUGCCAUGACAGGAAGAGAUCCGUUGUUCAUCCCAUGCACCCCAAAGGGCUGUAUUGAGCUACUGCUCCGCUCUAAUGUGGAAAUCAUGGGAAAGAAAGUAGUGGUGAUUGGGAGGAGCAAUAUUGCUGGGUUGCCUACUUCUUUACUAUUGCAGAGGCACCAUGCGACAGUCAGCGUCGUGCAUGCCUUCACUAAAAACCCUGAAAAAAUCACACGUGAAGCCGAUAUUGUGAUCUCUGCUGCUGGAGUAGCCAACCUAGUCCGUGGCCAUUGGUUAAAGCCAGGUGCAAUCGUGAUAGAUGUGGGGACAAAUCCGGUUGAGGACCCUGAUAGUGAAAGCGGUUACACCCUCACAGGAGACGUUUGCUAUGAAGAAGCAAUUAAGGUAGCAUCAGCGAUAACCCCAGUGCCUGGAGGAGUUGGACCUAUGACAAUCGCAAUGCUUCUUUCAAACACUCUCGACUCUGCCAAACGUGCAUACAGAUUCCCUUGACCAUUAGCGCCAACUUUGCUCGUAAUACUUUUAAGUGAUGUUCCGCUAUGUAAUCCUACGUCUUUCUCCUCCCUUUUGAUGUUCACCAUUUUUGUAAAGCAUUACAGCAUUGCCAUAAACAUAGACGUGUAUUUGGCACAAUCUGCUGUGUAAUAUUGCUAAUUGCUCGUCUUUGGUAUGUAAAUGUUGUUUAGGAUGCUUUGGCUUGGGUGCCCUGAAGACGAAUCAAGUAGCUUCAUCGGUAACAGAUAUUCUGCUUCAUCGAAUCAGUACUCUAGAUAAUACAAAUAUGCCUAUUAACGGUACACAGCAUACCGAAAGUUGUAUCAAACACGUUCUUUGUAUAUCUACCUCUCUUUUCUGAAAUUAAGUCUAUGAUCAUUGUGUUAAA